UUUUUCUGGUUCAGACACAGAGAGAGAGAGAGAGAGAGAGAGAGAGGAGAUUCGCGUGAAGGAGAUGAUCUUUACCUUCAAAUACUCCUUUUCUUUUAUCUGAACUAAGGGCUUAAUCGAAGUUGCUAUGUUUUGGAGUCCUCACAAGCUUGCUCGAUCAAACUUGAAGAGUAUCCAUUGCAUGGUUGUGCUCUUUACAGAUCCUAGCAAUAGUAGGAGCUACACUAGCCAGGUUCUAAAUCAUCCCUCUGGAAGAAUCUUGAAUCAAUCUGUUCACCCUCUAAAAUUUGCGUCUGGUGAAACUUAUUCUGUUUUUCAAUCAAGUUCUCUUCAGCACUGGUUCAAAAAUUGGCAAAAACUCAGGCAGCACAAAUUGACAGCAAGCACUUUUGCUGCGGCUAUUGGGUUUUGGCAUCGCCGAAGGGUUCAGCUGUGGUUGGAGAAAAUUGGGGCAAUUGAGCCAUUUUCUGGAAAUUUGGCUACCUUUUGGAGCAAUAUUAAAGAAGAGGAAGCACUUGAAAGAUACAAGCUCAUAACCGGUAAUACUGUUUUGUUUCCUGAAUUUCAGGUCUAUGGUGGGAGAAACCCAGAAGAUGAUUGGCUAGCAUGUUCACCAGAUGGAGUAGUUGACAGGCUAGUUUAUGAUUUGCCUUCACGGGGAGUGCUUGAGAUAAAGUGUCCAUUUUUCAAUGGAGAUAUGAGCCAGGCUGUCCCUUGGUCACGAGUCCCUCUUUACUGUAUUCCACAAGCUCAGGGUUUAAUGGAAAUAAUGGACAAGGAUUGGAUGGAUUUCUAUGUUUGGACUCCUAAAGGGAGUAGUCUAUUUCGGCUAUACAGAGAUAUAGAAUACUGGGAUGUGUUGAAAAUGGCACUCUCUGAUUUCUGGUGGAAACAUGUCCAGCCAGCCAAGGAGUUGUGCAGUAAAUCUGUAAUCACAAAUCCUCUCACUCAAUUACGUUCACUUAGGCCAGCUCCUAGGCAUGAGUUAUGUAGUUAUAUAGUUUAUGAAAGUAAGCAUGUUGUUGAUAACUCCAAGUUGGUGAUGCGUGAAAUUUAUGGAAUACUCCAAAACUGAUGCACCGAAUGUAUCUAUUUUGGGUCUUUGAACUUCUAUUGCUUUAAGUGGAUGGGAUUCUUUAUCUCUGUAGGAGCUAGUUGAAAUAUUGUUUGCUUGAGUUUUUUUUGGUACUUGAAGUAAAUUUUUAUAGGAACUGUCAUCUGCAAAAGGAAGAGGAAAAAUACAUUGCUGGUAGAAGCAGAAAUUCUCAUAUUAGUCAUGAUUAAUCAGAUAUAUGGAAGAGAAUGCAGUAAUACCAUCCUUGGUGUGUGACAACAAGAGAGUGGAUAUAUUUCUUUCUGCAUGGACCAUGUGAUAGAUCCCAAAUGGGAAGCUCUGAAGGUUCAUAUUUCAUCAGUUACUGGCAGCUAACUACCAUGGUGCUGAGUGCAUGGCAUAGGCAGCUGCAUGGGAUGUACCACUGAAUAUGCUCUCCAAGCACACUUUCUGUGAGCAUUGGUUCCACUGCUUGCUCUGGUUUCUGAACUAUCAGCCACAUCCUAAACUAAUGGAAAAGAGUAGAGUAGGUCUUAUGGCUAGGAUUAACCCAACUAGGAGGUUUUGGUGUUGAACAAAGUGACUUCCACUUGGACAGCUUGGGUCAGGUUGAAGGUUGACCCAAUGGCUGCCAUCAGCUGAACCUAUACUUAAAAUGGAAUUUGAGGUCUGAAAUCAGGCCUGGGUUUUGUGAGGUUUGGGUGGCUCUGGUUAGUGGGAGGGUUAUCCCCUUUAAUGCAUAUCUCCCACAAUAUAACAUCAAUUUCUGUAACUGGGCUUAUUGAUAAACCUUGAUGAACUUUACAUCAAAAUGGGGUUUGAGGUCUGAAGGCAGGCUUGCUGGUCAAGUUUUUGGUUGUUUAGCCCAUCUAUCCAGAUCUUCAUCAAGGGUGAUGUCGCCAGUGACUAUCAAGUGAUUGCUGGCUGGUUAGUGCCAUCAUCAUCGUGGAGUAAUAAAUGGUAACAAGCUGCUUUCAGAAACAAGGUCCCUCCUGAAGAAUUAUAGUGUCAAAAUGGAAAUUAUGCAGCAGAGUUGAAAUUGUAAAGAAGGUGGUUUUGAGGUAAUUUGUGUAUCUUUUAACGUUGUUUGAAAGUGUUAGCUUGUUGGGGUUUCUAAACAUUUUGUCAUAAUUAUGUCUAGAUGUUGCAGCUUAUGAUGAAAAGUUACAAAGCUAUGUCAGAAAAGUAAGAGAUUUCUUUCUUUUAUUCGUAGUUUUUAGAAUACUAAUCUCUCUCUCUUCCUCUCUCCCUGGACCAGGGAGAGAGAGAGAGAGUAACUUGUAAUAUUUUUUUUGUAACUUCCAGCUAAAAAUGGUUUCAUGGAACAAUUUCUUGCAGCUCCUCAAUGACCAUGCAAUAUUUUUUUAUUAGUUAAUAAAUUAUGUAUAAAUAGAGUUUGAAAUUAC